GAGUUCAAGCAAAUUAGGAUAUACCAACUGAAGAAAAAGCUCAUUGGAGAGAAGCGACUGAAAAGGCAGCUUGGAAAUGCGAGGAAAAACGAUGAUGUUAAGCUGAUUGAAGAGCUCGGAGAAAGAAUGGAGAGGCGCGGCGACGGUGAUGGCCUGCCAAGGUUGAAGGAUAUCGAGCAGUUCCAUAAGAAGCGUAAGCAGACGAAAGAAGAACGUUUAGCAGAUAUAAAGGAAGGCCACGAUGAGAACCAGAAAUUUGGACGACCCAAGAAAACGGGUCCUCACGUUGGAAGAACAAAUCGUGAAAUGGCUAAGAAGAAAGUAUUCAGCAUGGUGAAGGCGAAGGUUCGAGGAAAGAAUCGACAACGUUCAUUCCGAGAUCAACAGAAGAGCCUCAGAAAUUAUUUGCUUGCGGCAAAGUGGCCGUAA